AUGUCCCACACCAACGACAUCACCACCGCGCACGGCGCACCCAUCGAGACCCCCGCGACGCCCGUCGUGGUCGACAACGACACCACCACCACCGCCAAGGGUCCCGCCGUCGUCGACGAGCAGCCCUCUGACGAGCGGCCCUCUGACGACACCGACGCCGCCGUCAACCAGGGCCUACACCUCCUCGAGGCCAAGUCCACGCGGUGGUACUCGUACUUCCUCACCCCCGACUUCUGGAUCGUCCUCGCCAUCGGCCAGGUCCUCGCCCUGUGCAUCACGUCCACCAACACCUUCACCAGCCUGCUCGCCGGCGAGGGCACCAACAUCCCCGCCUUCCAGACCAUGUUCAACUACGUCCUCCUCGCCGUCGUCUACACCAUCGUCUUCCUCGUCAAGGACGGCCCGCGCACCUGGGCCCGCGUCGCCCGCCAGGACGGCUGGAAGUACAUCAUCAUGGCCUUUCUCGACGUCGAGGGCAACUACUUCACCGUCCUCGCCUACAACUACACCAACAUCCUCUCCGCCCAGCUCAUCAACUUCUGGGCCAUUGUCGUCGUCGUCGUCUGCUCCUUCCUCCUCCUCAAGGUCCGCUACCGCCUCUUCCAGAUCGUCGGCAUCGUCAUCUGCAUCGGCGGCAUGGGCAUCCUGAUCGGCUCCGACCACCUCAGCGGCGGCAACGGCGGGCCCGGCCGCAACCUCGUCAAGGGCGACAUGUUUGCCCUCGCCGGCGCCACCUGCUACGGCCUCAGCAACACCUUUGAGGAGUGGCUCGUCAGCCGCGCCCCCAUGUACCAGGUCCUCUCCUUCAUCGGCAUUCUCGGCAUCGUCAUCAACGGCAUCACCGCCGCCAUCUUUGACCGCGACGCCUUUCAGGGCGCCACCUGGAACGGCGACGUCGCCGGCUACCUCGUCGGCUACACCCUCUGCCUCUUCCUCUUCUACUCCCUCGUGCCCCUCGUCCUGCGCAUGUCCAGCGCCGGCUUCUACAACAUCUCCCUCCUCACCGCCAACUUCUGGGGCGUCAUCAUCGGCAUCAAGGUCUUUGACCUCCACGUCCACUUCAUGUACCCCAUUGCCUUUGUCUGCAUCAUCCUCGGCCUCGUCACCUACUUCCUCAGCGGCAGCAUGCUCGGCGAGAGCAAGAAGCCCUGGCUCGGCGAGAAUCAGGAGCGCGGCGUCCUCGGCAUCGGCACCGCCAAGCUCAAGGCCCUCAAGGCUGCCAAGAAGGCCGGCGCCGACCCCGAGACCCGGUUCGCUUAG